GCAAAUUCUGAUAAAUACAAAAGUCCGUCAGCGCUAAACACGUAAUUAAAAUUUGAAAGUUAAUUAUCGAGUUAAUUCAGCUACAAACCGUGUAAUUACCCGACACACUUAAACUGCUACAGAUGUGUCAGAUUUAUUAACUCAACUUGUGGCAAUAGAUCAGAAAAAUAAUAAUUUGGUUGGUCCCAUUGUUACAUUAAAAUUCAAAGUGAUGAAUUAAUAAAAGUAGAUAAAAUAUGAAUAAUCCGCAUAAGUGAAAUUAUGGGGAAAAGGGGGAAACAGUAUGACUAAAUUCUUUAAAUUGUAAUGAAUUGAUUAGUCAGUAGUCAGGAAACCUAACCUCACUUGGCCUAGAAGAAGGCAGAAACAAGUCUUUUAUUUUUAAUUGGUGUAAUAAUGUGAAUAUUUCAGUGGCAGAGCGAAUAAAAUGAAAUUCUCUCGUUGCGCAAGACACAAUACUUAAUCCCCUUAUCAGGAAAAUGUAUUUCUCCUAGCAUGAUGUCGACAAGAAACGUUUGGAUUAUUUGUGGUAUUAUUGUAACGAUUGCAAUUUACUGGCCUACAAGACACGCCCGACGUUACGAUUACAUUGAUCUCAAAGAUGUGUACAAAGAAUUACAAUUUACGAACAAGUUAUCACAUUUGAGAAACUGCAAUUACAAAGAUGUCAUUUUGAAUAACAGUGAUGUAGAAAUUAGUGAACCUAAGAAUUAUUUUACACCCGAACAUGGUGGUGUGCAUAAACCAAACCAUUGUAAUCCUCUAAUAAAAGUCGCUGUGAUAGUUCCGUACCGAAACAGAUCGUUACAGUUAGAAACGUUUCUGAAUUACAUGCACAACUUUCUACAGAAGCAAUAUUUAUUUUACAGAAUUUUUAUCGUGAAUCAAGUCGACAGCUUACCGUUUAAUCGAGCGAAAAUGCUCAAUUAUGGUGCAAAAGUUGCAAUUGAUAUGGAUUUUCCUUGCCUUAUUUUACAUGACGUUGAUCUUUUACCUCUAAAUAGUGGAAAUAUUUACGGUUGUGUGAGCAAACCAAGACACAUGUCUAGUAGUGUAGAUACUUUUAGAUUUAAUUUACCGUAUUUAACGUUAUUUGGGGGAGUUGUGGCGAUUUCAUCGCAACAUUUUCGGAAAAUUAAUGGUUUGUCUAAUCAUUUUUAUGGCUGGGGUGGGGAAGACGACGAUUUUUACAAGCGACUCACUAUCAAUGAUUUAUCACCUUGUCGUUUUACCCCCGUUUUAAGUAGGUAUACAAUGCUCUUUCAUAAAAAAGAGAAAGCUAGUCCGAACAGAUAUGACAAUAUGGAAAAAUCCGCAGUUUUACACAAAUCGGAUGGAUUGUCAACGCUACCUUCAAAUUAUUCUAUCAAAAUGGAAAAGUUAUACACAUUAAUUUUAGCGUCUUAAAUUUGGUUAUUUUUAUUUAUUGUGUCUGUACAAUUCUAUUAUGAAUAAAAUGGUUUAGAAUGUA